CCAAACGAGAUCUAUGUUGGCGGGCCGUUCCCUCUGCGUCGUGGGUGCCAUCUGAAGGAGGAAAGCGGUAGCGUCCACGGCGGAAGGGAAUGAGUGGGACUGACGGCGAGGCUUGCACGUAGGAGAGAGGGUAGGAGGAGAAGGAAAGGCGAACGGAGUGUAGGACGAGAAGGAAGGGCGAACGGAGAAUGAAAUUGGGCGGGGUUAGGUGGACCGCGUGGUGCUGAGAGCGGAGGUGGAGGGAAACACAUCAUCUCUGUACCGUCGACUUGAGCGGGCGAGGAUUCCUUUUGCAAAAUACGUAAGACUGUUUGCAGUUGACCACCGAGCAGGCCCCGUGUUUGGUUACUCUCUCCUCCCUCCCCGGCGAAUGAAAGGCAGACUCGAGCGAGUAAUAAUCAAGUGGCGAAGGGGAAGAAUGAUGUGAUGCGUUGGAGUUGAAGGAGUGAUUGACUUGGGGAUUGGCUGGACCGGGUGGUUGCGACUGUUCGUUACAGCGGCGAUCCGCCGGGCCCGGUAUUGCGCCGAGGAUAGAUCAACAGGAGGAUUGAUUGAUCGAUCCAUGUGUCUGGAGGGAGUGGGGUUCGCGUUGUUAAUGAAUCGCUUGGAGUAAUUGGGCUCGUUGAUUGAUGGAUGGACCGAUUGCUUGAGUGGUAGAGUAACCGGUUGGCUGAUUGGCUGAGUGAGAGGGGCGGUGACGGAUCGCUGUUGGACACAGUUGGCUGACGCUCACGCCCAAGGAGUCGACAAACAGGGAGGAGGGCAAAAUGAAUCCGUUCAGGCUUGCGGGGGACAUGACCCAUCUGGCGAGCAUUUGUCUGCUGCUGCUGAAAAUCCACACUAUGAAAUCGUGCGCCGGAGUCUCUCUCAAGACCCAAGAACUGUAUGCUCUUGUCUUUGUGACGAGGUAUCUGGACCUUUUCUCCAACUUUGUGUCCAUGUACAACACCAUCAUGAAGAUAAUUUUCCUGAGUAGCACGUUCGGCAUCAUUUGGUACAUGCGAGGUCACAAGCUGGUACGCCAGUCUUAUGACAAGGAACAAGACACAUUCAGGCAUUACUUUCUCGUCAUACCGUGUAUGGUACUUGCCCUUGUCAUCCACAGCAAAUUCACGUUAUUAGAGGUGUUAUGGACUUUUUCUAUUUAUCUUGAAGCGGUUGCAAUUCUGCCACAGCUUGUGUUGUUGCAACGAACAAGAAACAUUGAUAAUUUGACUGGGAACUACAUCUUCUGUCUUGGCGCUUACCGAGCUUUGUACCUUUUGAACUGGAUCUACCGGUAUUUCAUGGAAAAGAAUUAUCAUGCACAAUGGAUAACAUGGAUGGCCGGUAUGAUUCAGACAGCAAUCUAUGCGGACUUCUUCUAUUACUAUUUCAAAAGCUGGAAGAAGAACGAGAGACUAAAGUUGCCUGCGUGAGACCCUGCUUCCUUGUUUUGAUUUGCUGCAGGGGAUGAAUCACUGUAGCGUUCUCAUCAACGGAGGGGAUUACUCCAGAACAGCCAAAGGGAGCCAUUCGGGCCACGGCACAACAGAUAGACAUGUAUGGUCUGGAUAAAGAGCAGAGAGGAAUUUUGAGACAAACAACAUCUGGAAGAUGAACGCGCUUCACAGGUUUCGAGUGAUACAAGGUGCUUUCAUUGGUCACUCGACUAACUAUUUGGGUUGCGGACAAGGUGUCUAUGAACCGGGGAAGGCGAGGAAGAUGCAAUUAUUGGUUUCACCCACACACUUGCUGGCUUUACUUGCCGUGUGACCGUAAGUAAUACUCACCAAAAGAUAGAGUAUUGAUAUUGCCCCUCGUUCUGCUCACGGUGGAAGGUCUACUUCUGCGAACUUUCUGGGUGCGGCUUUUUCUUUUUCCACUGCACUCUUUGUUUCCUUUCUGAUGUCUUUAAUAUUCAGACCAAUACAUGUUUUUGAUGUAAUGAGGAGAUCAAAGUUUUGGGGAAAAAGCAUUUUCUCGAUUUCAGAAUGCGAGCUCAGAUGAUCUCAGCUGUUGUUGCCUUCAUAGCCAUUAGGCUGCUGAUCCUGGUGAUUGUGUUACACCACGUGUUGUUCCAGCAGUUGUCAUCUUCCAAGGAUGCCGAUAUCUGCAAUAAUGACACCUUGUUUUGUCCCGUCUGCUGUUUAAUAUGGUCCACUACUGCCUGCAGAAAUGAUGCUCCCAAGCUAUUGUCAUUAGAACUCUUUUAUAAUAAAUAAGGUCCGAACGG